AUGGGGAAGCGGGACAAUAGAGUAGCCUAUAUGAACCCAAUAGCAAUGGCCAGAUCAAGGGGUCCAAUCCAGUCUUCAGGUCCAACGAUCCAAGAUUAUUUGAAUUGACCAAGGCCUACCUGGGAAGAACUGAAAGAACAACUAGAAAAGAAAAAGAAAGGCUCCAAGGCACUGGCUGAAUUUGAAGAAAAAAUGAAUGAGAACUGGAAGAAAGAACUAGAAAAACACAGGGAGAAAUUGUUAAGUGGAAGUGAGAGCUCAUCCAAAAAAAGACAGAGAAAGAAAAAAGAAAAGAAGAAAUCUGGUAGGUAUUCAUCUUCUUCUUCAUCAAGCUCUGAUUCUUCCAGCAGCUCUUCAGAUUCGGAAGAUGAGGAUAAGAGACAAGGAAAAAGGAAAAAGAAAAAGAAGAGUCGUUCUCAUAAAUCUUCUGAAAGUUCCAUGUCAGAAACUGAAUCAGACAAUAAGGAUAGUUUAAAAAAGAAAAAGAAGUCAAAAGAUGCAACUGAGAAAGAAAAGGACAUUAAAGGGCUCAGCAAAAAAAGAAAGAUGUAUCCAGAAGAUAAACCAUUAUCAUCUGAGUCAGAGUCAGAAUCAGAGUAUACUGAGGAGGUACGAGCAAAAAAGAAGAAAAGCAGUGAAGAACGAGAAAAAACAACAGAAAAAACAAAAAAGAAAAAGAAGCAUAAGAAACACAGUAAGAAGAAGAGAAAGAAGGCUGCUAGUUCAAGUCCUGACUCACCAUAACAUUCAGAAGAAUCAGGAUUUGCUUACAAAGA